CUCUAAACUGGAACCGUCUACAAAUUGUUCUGACGCCAGCUCCACGAUUCGGAACAGAAACACAAUGGACGGGAGUUGGCUGACACUCACAACUACAAGCAAGUGCGUUUUCUCCAGUCCUUCCUGCCAGUGUUCACCAAUGUGUUCUGGGAUCUGAGGUCCUGAAACUCCCCUCAUUGAAGCCAUGAGCGGGGAAAAUGAUCCACUUCAUCCAAGCAGCGAGUUUCUCUCUUUUUCUCCUGCUCUAAGUAGGGUGUUUGACCUUCUGGUCCACUAUGUUCCCGGUGCUGCGGGCGCCGGCUGUGUUUCUGACCCCAGAAUAAAUCAGGGCUAUGCAGGGCCUGGCAGAGCUCCGGACACAUUUCCUGUGACGGCCGAAGGGAAACUGUUGGCUGCCUGAGACCGGGGAUGAUUCUUGGCGCCUGGGGGAGCCGGCGGGAGCGAGGGCGGGAUGAAGCCAGCUGUAAGGGGCGGUGACCGCACUCGGGAGACAGCUCCGCGCCCUCAGGCGGGACAGACCCAAGCGGGGAAUAGCUAAGGGGCCUCCAAGAUGAGGCCCGCCCUCGCCCUGUGCCUCCUCUGGCAGGCGCUCUGCCCUGAGCCGGGCCUUAGCGAGCACCCCACAGCCGACCGCGCCGGAUGCUCGGCCUCGGGAGCCUGCUACAGCCUGCACCACGCUACCAUCAAGCGUCUGGCGGCCCAGGAGGCCUGCAAUCUGCGCGGCGGGGCGCUCAGCACUGUGCGCGGAGGCGCUGAGCUCCGCGCAGUGCUCGCUCUCCUGCGGGCGGGUCCGGGGCCCGGAGGAGGCUCCAAAGACCUUGUGUUCUGGGUUGCGCUAGAACGCACAAAAUCCCACUGCACCCAGGAGAACGAACUGCUGCGGGGUUUCUCCUGGCUGUACCCCGACGGCGGCGGGACGGAAAGCGAGACGCUGCAGUGGGCGGAGGAGCCCCAACGCUCCUGCACCUCCAGGAGUUGCGCGGGUCUCCUGGCUACCGGAGGGAUAGAACCCACAGGCUGGAAGGAAAUGAGAUGCUACCUGCGCGCCGACGGCUACCUGUGCAAGUAUGAGUUUGACGGCUUGUGCCCCGCGCCGCGCCCUGGGGCCGCCUCCAAUUUGAAUUACCGCGCGCCCUUCCAGUUACAUAGCGCCGCGCUGGACUUCAGCCCCCCGGGGACCAAGUGAAAGAUGAAAAGAAAAAGUGGAACUCCUUUGUGGAUCUGAGGAUUCCUACAGAAAUUCCCCUUCCCCUGAAUUCCCUCUGUUCAACUGAGGAGCUGCUUCUGGCCUGGACACUCCUGCCUUGGAAGGACUAGCCAGAGGUGGAAGUGCUUUAGGGUCUAUUGGGGGGUGGGGAAUGCCAGGAGGACGUUUUUCUUUUUGUCUAUUCUGGAGAAUUCGAUUGAAAAUUUCAAAACAUUGGAAGUAAAAAGAAAGCAAAAUACAAUAUUUUAAAAUUUUAUUUUUACCAAAAUGGAAAGCAAACCUGUCUACAUUGAUCGUGCUGGGAGGAUAUUGGUUUGAAAUUCCCAGACAGAAAAUAAAGGAUUGUUGAUAAUACAGGCUCAAAUGUCAUUGGUUUCCUCAAGGAGUAAUUAUUUAGGAAGAGCAGCUGGGGAGCAUACUGAGUAUAGCAACACGAGUGCAGUCUGCUUUUAGACUGGGGAAAAUCUCUUAAGUCCUUGAAAUGAGGAACAAAUCUUUAAGGACUAGUAACCUUUUCCUGGGUUCUUUUAUCCUUUGCUUUCAAAGUCCCUGCUACUUGUAUACUCUGCUAUAAAUCCAAAGUGUUGCCAGAGUUGCUGGCUGAGGAAGCAAAUCACAGUUGACCACCAAUUCAAGUGCUUACUGUGUGUCCUUGACCAAGGAAACAAAUAAUUUGUUUUCCCUUUCCAGUGUUUGCACUCCCUAGUGUAAUGACCUCCCCAACCAAAGUCCUCUCCUAAACUUCAGGAUGCUGAUCCUCACUUCCAAUUACGGUGAUGUUAAUUCUCAAUUAAAACAUUAAUGCUAAGUAUUGAUUGGAAAUUUUCUGGGGACAUGAAAGCAAAAGUAAACUGGGUUUCCUCCAAAUCUGCUAGGCUCUUCUACACUUUGUAAUCUGUGGAAAAACUUGAAUGCCAAACAAUUUCCUAUUCCCCUCAAUGAAAUUGUACACAGUGACACAUGCCCAACUUGGAAGAAUUACAGUUUAACAAGUCUACAUGCCAAAGGCAUGGUAAACAGCUUUCCAUAAAAAUUAAAGGUAUAAUCAAUAAAUGACAAAUGAAAAUAUC